CAACACAGAUGUGUACGUAUUGACUACGUCCAAUCUUGAAUGCAGAGAGAAUACAGAAAAUAUUAAGACUUUUUAAGAACAGUGCAUUUAACGUUUAAUUAUAACCCGCUGUCCUUAAAAACUAAAAAUUUAAAUAGUGUAAAAUCUGCGAUGGCAGAUCAGAAAUCGAUUUUACACGAACUCUACGUAUUCUCUGAGUGGAAACCAGAGCCUGAAUACUUGCAAAAGCCUGACAAUAUAUUUCCGGAAAAUAUAUCAGCUUUAUGGAAAUGUCUUAAAUUUUUUGGACCAAAAAAAAGCUUGCUUGACAGUGUAACUGCGCACACUGAAAAACAACAAAAAUGGCAUAUAGCUUUAGGUGAUGAAGGGAAAGUUAUAGCUGUACUUACUGACAAUAUAUUGGAGAUUAGAACUAAGAGAUCUGAUUAUGCUACCAUUGCUGCCAGAACUACAGUUUCAAGGGACCCAUAUCCUCAAUGGCGAAAGGUAGUUUGGAGUCCAGAUUGCUCUUUCUUAGUCAUCACUUAUGGAAAUGGAGUAGUCAGCUUUUUUGAUCUAACCGCAUCAAACCUAUUUAAUAUCCCUAUUGAUUGCUCAAGACCAGGUGGAUUGGAGUGCACUGAUAACACUCAUGCCGUCUCAGAGAUUAUAUUCAUGCCGCUCAGAGUAAAGGAUACCAAAUGGAAUUGGGAAGUCCUGGUUAUAACGUAUGAUGGCAAACUCCGCGGGUUUCUUGUGUCUCAGACAGAAGGCUUUAAACUACAUCACACUUUCCACUUUACGGGUGGAGUUUCGGCAGCUGCCUAUUGCGCGCCUCACGGCAUACUCUAUGUUGCAGGUGUGCCACAGGCUGUGUAUAAGGAUGAUAGUUCUUCGUUAUGUGCGGGGUUAAGCGCGUGGCGUAUUCUAAACGAUGAACCAUUCUAUAAGCUAUCAGUUGUAUCAGACGAGUUGCAGGCAAAACUCGCCCAGGAGAGAUUUAAACUCUACAUACCAUUUGUAUAUUCAAAGAAUAUGAAUUUUAUCAUACGUAUGGUACCAUCUCCAGACUCUACCAAACUAUUAUGCAUGCAUUGCAACGGUGAUGUAUCAGUAUGGCGUCUUCCCGUAUUAACGGGCGAAUAUCGAUACAAAGUUAAUGAACAAGACAAUCAUGCCUUACAAAACCCGUUAAGUAAGGACCAGAAUAAUAAAGACCAAAUGCUCCAUUUCCCCGCUGAUGUAGAUUGGUGGAGUAAUCAGGAAAUUAUAGUAUCAAGAUUUAGUGGAGCGGUGUCGAUUUGCGGAAUUGAAGAUAUGAUCAAUAUAUUGGGGAAGCGGCCGGAGUUCUUCCAGGGUUCGCCUCAAGUGAGAUGCGCACACGACGGCGCGUUCGUGGCGUUGGAGUGCGAGAGUGACGUGUUGCCGCCAAAUAAGACCAGAGCUGAUGAUUCGCAGGUGGCAGUUGUAAAAGAGGAAGUGGAAGUGGACGACUCUAUGCUAGAGGUGACAAAAGAGUUGAUGAAGUCGGUUCUCUAUGCGAUCACAGAUAUGGAGACUUUUCAGCCCAAACCGAAGAAGAUAACUAUUGUAUCGCGGGUAUACCGACUUCUAGGUGUGAAAAGUACUACGCCGGGCGAACUUUUCUCUAGAAAGAUUGAAGGUGGAAAGUAUUCCGAAGCUUUGACCCUCGCGGAGACGUUUGACUUGGACAGUGAUCUCGUCUAUCAACAGCAAUGGAGGAAGAACCCUGUCUCCACAGAUGCCAUUCAGAAUUAUUUGAGUAAGGUGUCUAAGAAGAUAUGGGCGGUACAUCAGUGCGUGGAUCGUCUUCCCGAGAGCUUGAGUGCUGCGAGGGACUUAUUGGACUUCGGACUUACGCUCACAUGUUCCGAGAUUCUAAAUGAAAUUAACAAAGACCUUCCCGAAGACGAGUGGAAAUCUGCCGAUGACGUCACAGUUGAGGAUCUAAAUGGGUACACAAGUGAAUUGCUUCGUUGCAGACACGUUAUGAUAUUUUAUAAGGAGAGGCUAAAUUUGUAUGAGGCCAUAUUAAAAUGCGAGAAAUCAACAUACGUUAAAGACGAGUAUCAUCGCCUACGGAGCAACAGCAUAGUCCAUAGUGCUAUGGAAAUUGCCAAAGAAGGCCGUAUCGAGGCGUUGACGUGUCUAUGGCCAUACAUAAAAAGCUUGUCUAUGCAAUUGGCGGUACUCGACAACUUACCAGAAUCCACCACUCCCUUGGAGUAUCAGCAUUUAUUGCCCACAAACGCUCCAAUGACAUGGUUUGAGCAGAAAUCUCCGAUUAAGAUCAAGCCAUCGGAACAUGAGCACGAUUGGUGUAAGAAGGAGACUUUCAGAUCGAUCUGGAGCUCGAACUGGUCGGAAGACACAACUGAGUCCGAACCGAACCUUCCCGAAGAAAAAAUCGCGAGUUGGUACGAACGGCGUGCGAGGGAGAUAGAAGAGCGCAGUGGGCUCGUUUCGCACGCGCUGAUGCUCGUUUCUAUCGCGACUUCGGGGGGCGGAAUCAAGGGCUUAGACGCGAUACUUUAUAAUCUUUUAACGUUGGACACUUUGCUAUACGAUAUUAAUUUGGAAGGAGUAACCCUGGCCCAGUUGGAACAGAUGGAUGUGAUUGAAACCUGUAAAAUGCUGACAAAAUUUUCAACAACGGAGACGUUCGUAGCAGAUUUACGUUCGUACGUAACGCCGUUUCUGCAACGUCACGAAUCGUUCGCGCGCCAAGAGGGACUAACCGUGUCCAAUCUUAUUACGUUUCUUGAGACAUUAAGUACGGACGACCUUACUUUAACAUUGAUGGUAUUCAAGUCAAAACGUGAGUUAUCGUUAGAUAUGUCUACAAUAGUGGAAUUGGCGGAGCGGUGUAUUAUGGCUCAUGCGCACACGCACCAGUUAAAUUUGGCCUGUGACUUACUGCAUUGCAUACUCAGGGAGUCCGACGGCACAAUUUCCAAUACGUGCCUAUUGCGCAAAGUGUCCGAGUUAGAAAAGAUAGUAGCGGGCUGCUCGAAGCUCACUUGGCGGGGCGUGGCCGUUGCGCCAAGGGACCUAAGGGACGUGCUUAACGAUAGGGAUCAUUGUAUAAGGCUGUUAACAAGGCUGGCGAGGUCGCAUCAGGUGGACCCUUUGAUAACUGAAAAAGCAAAGCAGAGGGAAUGGAAUAAUAUUCUCAAAGAUAUGCUGGAUCUCCAGACCACAAUCUUUGGAUGUGUCACUCGGGAGGAAUGCUAUGAGGUUUACGCAUCAGCCCUCCUUACAUCGGGCGAUCCCGACAGUAUACGCAUGUCUGCGGACGUGUUAACGUGCACGCCCCUAAUGCAAUAUGGUUCGCAUAUGAUCAACUAUGAGAAUACGGUGAAAUUAGUACUCAAUGCAGCCAGGGAGUACUUCAACUCGGCUUCGUCUCUCAUAGAUCCCGCUUUGCAACUUGCUACGUUAUGUUUGAAACUAAUCGAGCGUGGCAAUGUUGAAGUGCAGCAAGAGAUUGAUCUGAUCGAAGCUUUGCUCACUCUCAAUGCUUUUCGAAUUAAACUUCUGCCUAUUCAAGUGCGACUAUGUGAAGAUCGUAUGAAACUGAUAGAGGACUGUUUAAAGGCUGAGCCUAGCGCGUUCUUAUCGAGCGAGAAGCUUCUGCAAAUUGCUCAAUUGUUGCGGGUUGGCGGCAAUGAUGACGAGGCCAGGGAAGGUAUGGUUCUAACACGCGUGUGCGAGUACGCGAUGCGUGCGGACGCGGCGGGCGGGCAGACAGCCGUGGCGGGCGCCAGGAGACUCGCGGCCUUGCGCUACUCGGGCGCACCGCACAUACUUGCGAGCGUCGCACGCGCAGCCAAACCGCAUACGGCCGCGCCACUUAGACGCGAUCUUUUAGCCGCCGCACUUACUUUUUGUACGCCGGAGGAUCUUGAAAAAACACUUAUUUCUAGGCUGAAUUUGGAGCUGGAGAAUCUUAAACCAAAACCAGUUGAACCAAACUAUUACGGCUACCGAUGGCCGUCCACUGACGAUGAAUAUUCUGAUGCUCUUAGCACGCCCGUUACCGAAAAGAAAGAUUUCUUAACGCCGGUUCAAGAGAAGAAACCGCUUCUUAAUUAUUUAGUGGACACCAUACAGAAUAAAUUUGUGGCAGGAGAAAAGGAAGUCGAAAGUGAGUCUGAAAUAAUUCAGCGCAAAGUCCACUGCCAAGAGUUCUAUUCAACCCUUUAUCCAGAUCUAGAAGUAUCACAAAACUUCUAUCGUUACGACCGCUUUUCGAUCGAGAACCAACUCGACGCUGUCGACUCACCUCACACGAAUCUGAAGAUUUAUUACAUACAAAACUGCCUAAACGUUAAUCCUAGUAAUGAUAAUGAGGCUCCGGUGGUACAAAAAUGCGCUGAAGACACCCUGUAUAAAGACACGGCACUGAGCGCGGCCUGUCUCUUGAGGUCCACUCAAGACUCGGCUCUGUGCAAGCAAUAUUUACAAACGCUGUUCACUGAGGCGGCCGUGUCCGCGGCUCUGUACGCCACGCUCGUCAAAUGUAACGCGCCCGAAUUACGUGACAACGUGUAUUUGGCGAAACCACGCGACAUGGCUAUAUCGUCGCUGAAACAAAAUAACGGUACCGAAGAGCAAAUGGCCCUGAUACGUGAAUGCAUUGAGAAGUUGAGCGCCAUGAGCGAAGUGAACCGUUUGAGGGCGCUCGGAGUCAGUGUCAAUGCGCUCAUGUUUAAUGCUGACGAGGAUUAUAGGAGAGAAGUUAUCUAUAGGCUUGCCAAGUCAAACUCUGAGGAACACGCGCGUCUGGCGUGUGGUCUGGCAUUAAAGUAUCGAUUAGAUUUGCUGGACGUGUGGCUUCAUCAUGUCGCAUCUGAUCCUACCUUAUCACAUAUCGCACCUGACGCCAUUGAAGACAUCGCGAGGAGGCCCAAUGCACACUCACGAAUUCGCGAAGUCCUAUGGCCCGAGAUAACUGGCAACAAUUACGUGGCAUUGAUAAAUUAUUUUACAUUACUCAAGAAAGUAGACGAAAAGGCGCUCAUAUUCGGUCUGAACGCAACUGAACAUAUAAAACUGCUGAAGAAGGCUAAAUCCGCUUCGCCAGAGCUCGACUAUAAACUCCUGUUAGAGCAGCCAUCGGAAGAAAAAUUUACUUCCCACAUCUUGAACAUAAUAAAACCGGAUAACGCCGGGCUUCUCACCAAGUUUUUGAGAACUCUGCCCCCGGCCUUUAAGAUUCCACUAUCCGUCAACCAGCUGUACACCAAAUGGCUUACUAAGUACUUCUUUGACGUACCCACAUCGAACGUGAACAAUAAGAAAUGGAUGCAGCAGUAUCGCGAGUGUGUCAGCUAUUUCAAUAAACUUUCCAAAGACGAUAUCGUCACAUUCGUCGAGAACACUUGCUUCUCACGGGACGGCAUCGACCGAGUGCCAGGCGCGACUCGAAUCUUGAUGAUAAUGCAAGCCGUGGAUUAUUGUCAUCAGGAACAUGAGAACGAAAUCAAAAUCAAUAAAAGUAGUCAGUCAUGGUCCCAAGUGGAGCAAGAGUUAAAAAGAUGGGCCCGAUUCCUCGAGAACUACCAGUCAUCCACGUUACAAGCGAUACGGAACAAUAUCGACUUAGCACCGGGAUGUAUCUGGCCUGAGCUAGAAAUGACUCAUGGGGACGUAGAGAAAGUGUUGCCAGUAGCGAGUCGACUGGUUUGCCAAUCGACAAUAAAGGCGAGUGCUUUGGACUCUUUGCUCCAAUGCUUGAAUCUGAAGCUCGACGUGUACCAACUAUUCCAAUAUGCCGCUGACAAAUAUCUUAAUUGUUUAGAAGACACACAAAUACUAGUGUCCCGUAUGACACAAUAUCACAAGGACGGCACAAAGUUUCCGGAAGAUUUCCUAGACGGUGUCCUUCAAAAGUCUUCGCACUUCGGUCUUCCGCCUCACAAACAGCUCGGUCUACUGUCUUUGAGCCAAAAGUCGAGAUUCCAAGACGCCAACGACCUGCUCAAAGUCGCCGCUUCCACCAUUGACCUAUUUCGAACCGAAUGGCCCGACAGUGAAUACGCCAAGGGUCUGACAGAUGACAUGGUGUUAACAGAAGAAGGGCGAAACGAAGUGUUUGGGAAAUUCCUACGAAUGAGCGACACCUGGCAAAGGAAGAAGGCACUCGCCGAUGUCCUCAACUGCUGGCCUGUCACUUUCAACAGUGGUGGCCGGAGCUUGCACAGUGAAUACAUUGAGAAACUACUAGAGAAAGUGUCUGAGUAUGCAGAGAACUUGGUACUAAUCAAACAACUACUCGGCAGACCGAUACUUAAUGAAAUGGAAGUGCGACAUGUUCUCCGUGAUGUAAGUGCUAAUUCAGCAAUUGGAGCUAUGUGGGUGUUACUACUUACGAAAUGCGACAACUUCGUGUCCAUGUUGUAUGACCUCAUUGACAAGCACAGGGAAGCUUUGGUACAUCAAAAAAUUGGUGAGGAUCUUAUUAAGGAAAUGUUGGAGCAAAGGCUUUUCGUAACACUAGUUUCGACUCCGUUGUACACUCAUAUGAUAAACUACAUACUUGGUGGAACAGCUGAGGAACCAUCACUGUACACCGCAGAACAGGCGAUCAAUGAUUUAAUACAAGAACAUUAUUUAGCGGAAGCCGGACAUCUUAAAUUAUUGUCUAUAGGUGUCCCUAUACCCUUACGUGGUUUCACGCAGGCCGUGCGGUCUUGUAGAAACGUGCUUAACUAAAUCAUAUAAACUUUGUAUAAUGUAUGUCUAUUAAGUUAUUAAAUUAUCGCUACGA